ACAUAUGUCUUAAAAGUUAAUAUCAGCUCUUCUGGGCUCGGGGAUAUCAUUCGGCUCCUUGGAAUCCCUUCGUAGGAUGUCGCUACUUAACAUCAAAUUUCUCGACGGGGAUAAUUCUUAUACUAUCAGAAUGUAUGCCUUUGUUGGGACCGAAAGGGUUUCUUCCGGGCAGCAGCCCUGCCUAGAGAAUAUUAAUGCUGAUAUAAAAUUAUGUCGGCGUACAAAGCAAACGCCAGGUGCGCCGGAAGUAUAUUCCUCGCCGGUGACGCAGCUCACAUCCCAACCGAGGAGGCCACAGCGCGAAUGGUCAUGAUCUAGCGAGGAAGCUUUCUUACGUUAGCUGCAGAGCUGUUACACUUAUGACACCGAACAACAACCAAUAGCUUGAUUGAGAUAAAUGUUCGCUCGGCGAGAUUUCAAGGCUCAUCUCAAGAAUCCUGAUGCCAGCAACCAGCCACCAAUUGACAACGACGCGAUGCAAUUCGGUCAAUUAUACCGAUCAGAUGCAGUUCUCGACGCACCCGGAGAUCGUCCACCUCCUAUGCGUCCAGAACGGUGGACAGGUCACCCGGGAACUCGCGCGCCGCACCUAUGGCUAACACGACAAGGAGAGCGUAUAUCAACGCUCGAUCUCUUCCAGCACGAAUGGAUUCUCCUGUCCGAAUCGGAUGCCUGGAGUAAAUAUAUGGAGCAGGCGCGACAGGCGUUGCAACUAAGUAUUAAGCACGUGCAUAUCGGUGUGGAUGUGCAGCCUGAGGAUUUGACAGCGUUCCGUGAUGCCUUUGGCAUAUCAUCAAAAGGAGCAUCGCUUGUUCGACCGGAUGGUUAUGUGGCAUGGCGUACGUUUGAUACGCCUUCUGAUCCGCGUGCAGCUUUGGAAAAAUCUCUGCGUCAAGCUUCAUUUGGGAAGGGGAAGGACUGAGCCUUCUGCAUAGCGAAUAUUCUACCAAAUGGGGACCAAUUAGUUUAUGAUUUCAAUAUACGUCUUCCUCUGCAGUAUAUAGUGACGAACACACGUUUCUGGUGGACAUACGGCCACAUGGGACGACUACUGGAUGUCCUUGAUUCCCGCGGCGAGACUGUCUUCCAGACUGGUCCAUCCGGGUCGUCCAAAGAAGUCGCGGAUCAGUUGCUCCGCUCUCUUAGAUGGCCGGAUGUCGCUCAAAUCCCGUCCUUCAUUCUCAGGAGGAUCGGGGAGC